AUGGCGGCGAAACCAAAGCAUUUUAAACUUUUGAUUUUAACUUUGCUACAUUUAGCACCGGUUUUCGCAAAUGAUUUGCUGUGGGACGAAAACGGAUAUGUUCUGUACUGUCCAUGCAUGGGUCGGUUCGGGAAUCAAGCGGAUCAUUUUCUAGGCUCGUUGGCUUUUGCCAAAAUGCUGAACCGGACUCUGGCGGUUCCACCGUGGAUCGUUUACCGGCAUCACGCUCCUCCGUACAUUAAUGUGCACAUACCAUACAGUGAGUAUUUCCAGCUGGAGCCACUAAAGCAGUACCACCGUGUGGUCAGUCUGGAGGACUUUAUGGAGCAUCUGGCUCCCACACACUGGCCACCGGGACAGAGAGUAGCUUACUGCUUUGACUCUGCUGUUCAACGGAGUACGGAUAAGAAAAGCUGCCCUAUGAAGGAUGGGAAUCCUUUCGGUCCUUUCUGGGACCAUUUUGGAGUGGAUUUUGAUCGCUCUGUCCCCUUUGGUGGCCUGUCUUUUAACUCCUACUACCAACAAAACUGGAUCAAAAGGUUUUCCCCAGCGGAGCACCCAGUGCUGGCUCUUCCCGGAGCUCCUGCCCAGUUCCCUGUGCUGGAGGAGCAUGUGGGCCUGCAGCGCUAUGUAGUGUGGGCUGAAAAAAUAGUGCAGGAUGGAGAGAAGCACAUCAGCACGCUGCUUCCUAGACCUUAUUUAGGAAUCCACCUUCGCAUCGGAUCGGACUGGCAAAACGCCUGUAAGCUGCUGCAGUCGGGCGAUGCAGGUCCUCACUUCAUGGCUUCACCACAGUGCGUAGGUUACGACAGGCAGACAUCACUGCCUCUCACUUUCACCAUGUGUCUGCCUGACCUCAAGGAAAUCUUGCGUGCUGUCAAGCUCUGGGUGAAGAAAACAAAAGCUCGGACUAUCUACAUCGCCACUGAUUCAGAGUCCCACAGCUCUGAUAUUGAAAAAGUCUUCAAAGGAAAGGUAAAGGUGGUGAGUCUUAAUCCAGAUGUGGCGCAGCUGGACCUGUACAUCCUGGGCCAAGCCGACCACUUCAUAGGCAACUGUGUCUCGUCCUUCUCAGCAUUUGUGAAGCGGGAAAGAGACAUCUACGGCAGGCCCUCCUCCUUCUUUGGCAUGGACUAUCCUGGCAAAAAGAAAAGAAGAGAUGAACUUUAGAAUGAUCUGGUAUUGAUUUGUUGUUUGCUGUGAUAGUAGACAGAGUGUUUAGAAAUCUCAGGUGAUUUGUUCAAGUUUACUGUGUUCAGAACUAUUUUUUAUAUCAUGUUUAAUUAAAGAGAAAAAUGCAUGUUUAGUUUCGAAUUACAAACAUUGCAAAUUAUCAAAUUGUUCUAAGAUCAUUUAUGUGCAAUUCUGAACAUUCCAGUAGCUAUUUACCCUGUCCAGUAUUCAUGUACCCAUACACAGUAUUUCUAAAAUGCUGCAUUCUUAUACAAAUGUGCUCUAGUAGAUUUGUUGCUUAUUUACCUACACAGCAAAUUACACCAGAAUGCAUGGUUAUACACUACAUAGAAGCAUUUAUUGGUGUGUAAUUGCUGGAUGGUUGCCUAUUCAAAAUAAUCCACUUCAGGUAGGUGGUAAAUGAUCAUGUGAGGGCUCAAUACUUGGUAAGGAACCUGAAUUAGUUGGUUUGUUUUAAAAUAAAAAUACCCUGAACACUUUAGGUUGGACCUUUAAGGGGGCUGUCGUUUCAGAAUGAAAGAAUAAAUUCUCGCAUUGCCAUGUAUGUGUGUGUUAAACGGUUAUGGUACUGUGACCUUGAUGAAUUCUAUAUUUUUUAAAUUUACUAAACAUAAGUGCACUGUUUUUUGUGUGUGCAUUUUUCCCAAUUUUCCUCCCAGUCUAGUCGUAUCCAAUUACCCGAUUGCAUUACACUGCCUCUCUACUGAUGCUGAUCUCCACUGCUAAUUGAGGUGAGCGAUACUGUCACCCUCCGACACAUGCAGUAGCCAACUGCAUCUUUUCACCUGUUCCAAGUUCAUAUGAGGAUAAGCUUUGUGUACGGAGAGCAAUUAUCAAUUAUCCCUUGAUUCUGUGCAGGCUGGGCACCUACACAAACAAUGAUUGGCUGUUGUUCAAGGGCAGGGUGCUGGACGGGACCUCAUAACUGAUGCAAUUAGUCAAGAAAUAAUGUGUGAUCAGGGUGUGGCUCUCUGUACAUAAAGCUGAUCCACAUAUGAACUCGCCUCGUGCAGGUGAAAAGAUGCAGUCGGCUACUGCACGUUUCGAAGGGGGAGGUUGGUAGUCUCGGCUCUCCUCAACCAGAGGGGAGAUCAACAUCAGCAG